AUGGUCAUUGACCUGACUGAAACGCCAUCGCCGCCGCCACUAUCGAGCCAUAUCGCAAACGCAAUCGCAAACGGAAACGGAGUCGAUCAGCAGCAGCAGCCUCUUUCCCAUACGCAGCGCCGGCAGAAUGACUCCCAGGAUCAAGGACCGCCGCCGAAAAGAAGGCGUGUUGAUCUUAAUUGGGCUGGCAAACAGGCCUCUCCUUAUGUGAGCUGGGCGCUGAGGGAUCUACCAGCUUCCGAGUAUAUACUUGAUGAGAUUGCGAUAAAGGCCGUUUCCAUGUUUGCGAAGGAUCCGCUGUUUGUCUCCCGGUUAGAUGAAAGUAACGACUUCAAAUUGCCGGCCGAUGAUGAAUGGACUGCUACAAAAGCCAAAACAAUCAUUAAAGAGCUAUCUGGGAGACCUGAAUAUCGUGUUGCCCCUAUAAAAGCGCCAAGUUCGAGCGACAACAAGCCUCCCCCACUGAAGGAGCAACCUCUUGCCAGAUCUGAACAGGUUCCGCCAGAAAUAAAAAGGAUAGUUGCUAAACAGCCGGAAACCUCAAUACCAAAAAGGCAAGAAAAUACCCCGGGAACAAGUUGUGGGAGUCGAUGGGGGUCGACAGCCAAGUGCGGCCCAUCCUCAAACACAUGGUUCGACCUAAAACACCGGCCUUACCAGUCAGCAUUAGACCGGGAACAAAUUGCCAAAGGUGCUGAUCGCCUAUACCGCGAGCUCAAGGAAGAGCUGAAUACCCCAGUUGUCUAUCAUGUGGACUUUACAUCUAGCGAAAUUCGGCAAAUCAUGGCCUACUUCUCAAUGUAUCUUCCCGUGGGCUAUCCUGCGACCCCUGAACAUUUGGCGCGGCUCUGCCUUCAGUUCAAUGUUCCGUCAAUUGUUAAUAACAGUUUGCCUCACCGCACGUUUAAAGAUGUACGCAAUUACUGUUCGGAUCUGCUGGCGGGCAAAGCAGUGCCGCCAAGCCGAGCUCUGAUGCUGAGUCUCGACCCCAGAGCGAAUGGAUCUCGCUUGCAACAAGAGAAGAGACGUGCCAGCCGGUUAUCAUCCUUGCUUUUAGCUCGCGAAAUGGAAGGAAAUCGAGGGUUUGGUCAUAUGCGCCAGUAUGAGAACUUUCAAAACGAGUUUCGUAAGGCGCACGAAGAUAGCUUGGACUUGGUCGCAGAGUACACAAACUGUGCCGGAGAUAUUGCAACGACUACUUGGAUCCCGGAUGACAAUGUUUUGUGCGGCACAACUGCACACUCGGAUAGCCAUAAUCAGCAGUAUAAUAAGCCGGGAAAUCUACUCUUAUGCUCGACAAAGCUGGGGCAGCUUAGGGCGUUUCCUGACCACCGAAUCCCACGACCCCUUGUCGAAAAGGGAGAAAAUUCCACGACGGCUAUGCGUGAAAGUCAGGACCCGUGGUUGUAUUCGUCCGUUGUGUGCUCUGAUUACGACAGCGUUCUUGGUUUGGCAUUCACCUCCAGUUUUGACAAAACAGUCAAGGUGUGGAAGGUUGAUCAAUCUGGCAGCAUCAUGACUGCGUUGGCUACCUGGUACUUUGGCGGCAACGUCAAUUUUGUCGCCGUGGCCAAGGACGGCUCUGGACGAGUUGCCACUGCGGCCGAUGUCCCUACAGAGGCCAUUCGGAUAUACACGGUCAACAUGAACGACAUUACAAACAGCCCCUACGUCUCCUUUUCAUGUACUCGGACUGACGCUGACGGCUAUGAUAAGUGGGCAUAUUUCCCAGCAACAAUGCAAUGGGGCCGUGACUUGACAAGCCGGCAUCUACUAGCUGUGGGAUAUUCCCCUCGUAGCUUCUCUGGGGAUGACCACGACAUCCCUGAAGAUAAGCAGAACUCGGGAGAGAUUACUGUAUGGAAUGCAGAGCUGAAUCAGCGAAUUCCCGUCACGACUGCUACAACCGCCAACUUCUUUGAAGUGGCCUGGCAUCCCACAUUACCGAGAUUCAUUGCCGCAACCUCUCCUUCAUCUCAGACAAAGAUAUCGCCAAAGGUGCGAACUCAGAUUCAUUUGUUCAGAAUGCAAACUGGCCUCAUUCUCAAACAAGAUGACCCAGGUCCCCAGCAAGAGGGCGGGUUUUCCGAAUACCGUAACCUCGACUGUUUUGCCUCAGAUAUUAACGAGCUGACCUUUAUGCCAAACUCAUACAAACAUGAGUAUGUGACUGCGGGGUGCACAGACGGCAAAGUAUACGUGUGGGACACGGCGCAAGGAGACAAUCCUGUGCAUAUUCUUCAGCAUGGCCGCCCCUUGGACGAAUACUACCAUGACCGUGAGAAGGAAGACACCGGGGUCAAAUUUACAGCCUGGGGGAACAACCUUGACCGAUUCUACACAGGCUCCAGCGAUGGGACGGUCAUGGUCUGGAACGUGCGCAAGAAACACCGGCCAUAUAUACGAACCAUUCUGGAAGCACCUGGUCCCAUUUCCUGCGGUGCUUUUUCUCCCGAUUUCCGGAAAAUGGUCGUUGGAGAUGCGACUGGCCGGGUGUUUCUGUUUUCUAUAGAUAAAGAAGACGAGCCAGAGGCACACUUCAUCACGAUCCCGGGCGUGGACCGGCCGCUUCGACGUCCCACGCCGUUUAUACCACACCCAGAACCAGAACCCCCCUACCGAGAUCCAGACAACCCGAACAAUGUUAAUGAUGACGACGACAUGCACAUCGCCGACCUGGUAAAGCGAAUCUAUCUAGAUACGAAGCAAAUUGUCAUCGACCCUAACCCUACUAUUGGCGCCGUACAAGGGCCAGAAUAUGCCUCGACGGGUCUCUUCCGUCGAGAGGCUCACCUAAACGAAGACCCCGCAGGCCAUUUACUCAGCUAUUUCGAGAGAAACCAGAGACAGAGCAUCGCUGCAAGCCGGGGCCAGCUGGGCCGCUCCGUGCGAAAGCUUCGAGACCCUGGAGAGCCAGAUGCCCGGCUGAAAGUCGUGCACGCUAUCAACAAGGCACGAGAUCUGGAUGUAGAGCUUCUCGCGGAAGACGACCGGGAUGCUCUUGUUCAAUCCAAGGUAGAGCUGGUGCUUAAUGAAGUGGACUGCGGGUUUGAUUACGAAGAAUUGCCCAAGGAGGCUGAUGAAUAA